AUCUCAACUUAGAGUCUUAGAAGAAGCGUGUGUCUGGAACGCUGGGGGCUGAUUAACAGGGGUAAAGCCUUCCUUCAAGUUGUAGGAACAUGGGUCCCUCCAAGGUGGCUGCGUGUUUCAAGGAUUGAUGGUGUCGCAAACUUGAAGUGGAUUGGAUCGAAGAUCAGACAAUGAGCAUAUGCGAGUGUCUGAAUCAACUUUGAUAACAAGUUAAAUCUAAUGAUGUGUGUCGUUGGUUUCGCCCAGCCCGGUGCAGGAUGUGACCACGUCAACUGUAAAUCAGCCAGUGAAACGAUCCAUCACGAUAUCCUCACCAGCAUAGCAUCCCAAGUAUCCGGUCUUGAUGGAUUCCCAGCUUAUUUAAAGAAGGUGAACGGAUGUAUACACGAAACCCAAUUGUUUCCUCUCAAACAAAUCCAGAUGGAAUAUUCGGCGGGCAAUGCCACAGCGGCCAGAAGUCUGCAACUCUUCGUGUACUUAUACACGUCGAUGGCAACAUUCUGGACCUAUGACUAUAUUUGUUCACUUCAUGAAGAGUGGACAUUCCUGCUUCGGUCGCACUGGACCAAAGUAAAAGCCCUUUAUAUCAUUGCGCGAUAUGUCCCCUUUGUAAUCACCACCAUGAACCUAUAUCGUGCGUCAGCUACGGUUCACGCAAUCCCAGGCUGUCACCGGAGCUCGGGCAGUUUCUCAUUCUUCAUACCAUUCACUCUCUUGUUUGUGUUCCAACUGGGUAUGCAGCCGGAAAUUGGGAGUGUACAUUGCAUACACGCGCCGACUAACGCUAUCCCUAGUACUGGUGUCCCUCUCACUCGUGCGUGUCAUACAGAGUUAGUGGUUGGCCAAGGGCCCUAUGUACGCCAUCCUAGUGAAGCACAACAUAUUCUACUAUGCAUGUGGUCUGUGUGAGUCAGAACUUAUAUAUAUUUCUGUGCUUAUUGGUGAUGAUUAACUUUUUGGAAGUUCUCUCAACCGUGAACGUCCUUGUGCCCUUGCUGCUGCUUUCUGAUGUGCGUAAACAAUACCCUUCGACAUUAUGGAACCAUUGAUAUUGCGCACACCAGUUCCU